GGUCGGGGGAGUGGAGGGGAGGGUAGGGCGGGAGCGGGGCGGUAACGUGUUGUUGUGUUGCCGGCGCGCGCGCAGACAAGCUGGACAGCUCGUUCUCGCGGUCGCGCUCCAGCUCCAUGUCAAGUCUGGAGAACAUCUCGCAGGAGGCCAUUCAGUGCCUCGCCUUCGCCGAUAGCUAUACUAAGAAAUCAGACCCGACGAUGCUGGUGCCGACGCUGUGGGUGGGCACGUCGCUGGGCUCCGUGCUGACGAUGCAGCUGAAUGUGCCCGACGCGGACUCGCGGCAGACGCAGCCUGUGCUCAUUUCCACCACAGGUGGACCCAUUUUUAGGUUAAAAGGCUCAAUACUAGCUAUGUCAUUUCUCGACUGUAACGGUGCUCUUAUACCUUAUUCAUACGAAAGUUGGAAAGACGAUAGUAAAGAAGGAAACUCAAGACGGGAUCGUACGCCCACGAAGCAGACAUCUUCGAGUAGCAGUGGGCGGGGCAUGUCCCCCACGCCAGGCUCGGAGACGGGAGCUAGUGGAAACUCUGCGGCGGCGGGCGGCGGCGACCGACAGUUCGUCGUCAUAGCGUCCGAGAAGCAGGCGCGAGUCGUCGCGUUACCCUCACAGAACUGCGUCUACAGACAGCAGAUCGUCGACACAGACUUCGUGGUUAAAGCGGAGAUUGUCAGCCUCAAGGAUAGUGUAUGUCUCGUCAAUUACCUGUCGACCGGCCACCUGGUCGCCUACAGCCUGCCCUCCCUGCGGCCGCUCGUAGACGUUGACUUUCUCCCUCUCUCAGAACUUAGGAUAGCGCGGACCUUCUGCUUCAGCAACCGUGGGCACGGACUCUACCUCGCCUCGCCCAGUGAGAUACAGAAGUUCACAAUCGACGCAGAGUUCUGUCAGCAGUUGAACGAGAUGCUGGGAGAGCUGUUUCUGCCGCGCGACAUGCCGGAACCGCCCAAGGAGAGCUUCUUCCGCGGCCUCUUCGGCGGCGGUUCCAGGCCGCUGGACCGGGAGGAACUAUUCGGCGAGGGCAGCGGCAAGCCCAACCGCACGGUGGCGAAGCACGUGCCGGGGGUCCCGGGGGCGGGGGCGGGGCCGGCCGCGAUGGAGGCGCGCGCCACCAGCGCCGCCGGGGAAGUGGCCCGCGCGCACCAGCUCGUGCUGGAGCGCGGCGACAAGCUGUCGCAGCUGGACGAGCGCGCCGAGCGGAUGCACUCGCAGGCCGGCGAGUUUUCGUCGUCGGCGCACCAGCUUAUGCUCAAAUACAAGGACAAGAAGUGGUACCAACUGUGAGCUGCUACCUCCACGCGCGGCGCCUCUUCCUUCCCGGGGGCGGCCUGACCCACGCCAGUAGCCCAGACUCCGAGUCUCCGGAUCACCUCCACGCUACUAGUGGAACAUUCGGGCAAAAGACUCGAAGGACCAAGCAAAGUCUAAGAAGAAAACCACCCCCAUCUUUGCGUGCGAACAUUCUUCUUAAACAAACAGGCCGCCGUCCCCGGCUGUUCUAUUUAGACGAAAAACUGUACAAAAUGUACAGAACUGUUUUUUAUCGAAGUUUAAAAUUGGUCACUCCAGUCGCGUAGCCGUAUCGAUGAAUACUCUAACACUAUCACAAUGUAGAAAUCGUUUUCCCAUCAGUCGUCCGGUGUGCUCAUGUCGAUAGACCUUUGAUUGUUCACUAAUAAUAAACUUUCCGGUCCUGACAGACAUACGAUUUAAGUCUAUACAGAAAUUCGAUAAACUUAACAGAAAAAAAAACGGAAUCCUGAUCUUGUAAUAUUAGAGAAUAAGUGAAGAACUACUCGCCGAACUAUGUCUUAAAUUAAUAUCUCGAACGUUACCGACAGAUUGUAUAUAACUAUUUUUAUUUUAGUGACCUAUCUAAUACUAGUGUUAAAGUUAUGUAUUUUGUAAGCUAAUGGAAUCUUCGGAACCGCGUUUCGAUCGGCGGUACAUACAGAACUGUCGUAGUCCGAACGCGAGUGGAACUGAGGGUAGCGGGUCUCUCGUAAAGUAUUAAGUGAAUAAUAACUACAUAAUAAAGAUUGGAAACUUAAGCAUUGGAUGACAAUAAUUUUUGUUACCGCACUGGUUGCGCGACUGUCGCACGCCGCAGUUGCCGCCCACAGACGAGCCGCUACAACGUAAUUCACCGCUGCUGCGCUUGCCAUUCCUGUAUCUACUAUUCUCCACAACAUAAAGAAUUCUUUUGUCAAACGAUUACCAGAUAUCACUUAAAGAAAUAAAAAGACCCAAUAAUUAUUGACAUACCUACUCUUCUCAGUAAAAUAUAAUUACUUAUAAAUUUUCUAAGUGCCUACGAUAAGUAUUGUAUAUCACGUGUGUUUUCUGCUUCGUUCUUUUAAAAAGACAGAUGCAAUUCCGUCACUUUUCAAGUGAAAUUUUCCUACUGAAUAACUAUAAAAUACAAUUAUUGCUGCAUUUUAAUGAAGUGAAUGCUUUGAAAGAACGAAACUGUCUUUCGAGAAAUUGUAUGGGACAGACCUGAUUACCGAAUUUGUGAUAAAAAAUGUUUCCAAACUGCAACAGUUAUCACCCUCUACGCUUUAAAUAUGGCAUAAAAUCCUGCUUGUUUCUGGACAGGGUGCUAGUAGGUAGAUGUUGUGAUAAUUGAUAAGUUUCAACGUGAAUUAUGGGUCGAGUAGCGAGGGUGGCUGGAGGUGUCGGUGGCGGCAGUGUGGGUAGUCUUCUUCACACUGCAUGGAUAGUGUGGCAUAUAUCCGGCUUACAGACUUCCUCCUUUUGUAAUUGUAACAAGAUUCAUAAUCCAAACUCGUAUUCAUUAUACUACUACCUAUGCUGUGUGAACAAGACUAAUGGCAGGUAGUGGGUUACGGCAGUGAGUGGGGAUGCGCACACGCAAGCCCCGCGUUCUCCUUCUACGCUUCGAGUUUUAUACUUACUCUUGUAUAGAGAUGCUAGCUCUGUUUCACUAUACUUAGCGUACCUCAAGCUAUAUUAUUAUUAUUGUCGGAUGCCAAAGGUUUGUACCGUGUUAACGCUGUCUUAUAGAUACCUACGUAAUACUUGUUACGAGAUCGGUGAGCGUUUUAGUUUAGAUUUUAACCGCGGACGCGCCGUCGGCGCUCCGCGGCUGUUUUUAACCAGAUUAUUUUGGUACAGAGUCGAGUUAGGACGGGAGGAUAUUUUCUUAUCGGAGUUUACCGGGUUUUAGCUGUUACGCUGAGCGUGGACUUCGCUCGCAACGGAUAGUCUGCAGUUGCCGCAUAUCAGUCGAAUAUAUCAACCGACCGCGUGCCUAGUAGAUCGGGCGUCGGUCGCACUUUUGACACGCGUCUAGCAUUUCUACGUAAAGACUAAGGUAGAUUUUUCAUUUCCGAAUCACAGUCGAAGUUAGACUCGCCAUGCGCCAUCUGCCAUUCGUUAUCGUUAGCUUUUCACGUUCUCCGUUCAGAGUAGGCGAGUGCUAGCAUCCGUAUUAUAUUAUGUAUUUAAAAGAAUUGUAUGCGUAUGUUGUUUACAGAUUGAAUGUCAUAGUUUAUCAGAUAUUUAUGUUGGCUCGGGCCGGCAGUGUGACCACACUGCUGCCGGUAGCCGGUGCGUGUCGGCGUUAAGUUAGUAGAUUCAGACGGUCGCCAG